AUGGAAAACGGCACGGGGCAGGAGCCAGAGACCCCCGAGCCACCUGCCGCUGAGGGCACCUCAGCCCCCCGGCGCCCCCGUGCGCGCCCCAGGCUGGUGUUUCACACACAGCUGGCCCACGGCAGCCCCACGGAGCGCAUCGAGGGCUUUACCAACGUCAAGGAGCUCUACGCCAAAAUCGCCGAGGUCUUCAGCAUCUCUCCCACCGAGAUCCUCUUUUGCACGCUCAACACGCACAAAGUAGACAUGCAGAAGCUGCUGGGGGGACAGAUUGGCCUGGAGGAUUUCAUCUUUGCCCACGUCCGGGGCGAGACAAAGGAAGUGGAGGUGACCAAGACCGAGGACGCGCUUGGCCUCACCAUCACAGACAAUGGGGCCGGCUACGCUUUCAUCAAGAGGAUCAAGGAGGGGAGCAUCAUCAACCGCAUCCAGACGGUGUGUGUGGGUGACAGCAUCGAGGCCAUCAACGACCACACCAUCGUGGGAUGCCGGCACUACGAGGUGGCCCGGAUGCUGCGGGAGCUGCCGCGGGCUGAGCCCUUCACCCUCCGCCUCGUGCAGCCCAAAAAGGCCUUUGACAUGAUUGGGCAGAGGACGCGGAGCAGCAAGUUCCUGGGCGAGGGCAGAGUGGGCAGCGGGAAGGAAACGCUGCGGCUGCGGGCACAGGGCCUGGCCACGCUGGAGGAGGGG